AUGGCGGGCAUGCUUGAAACCCCGUCGCGCAUAUGGCGACGGAUAGAGUCCAUAGAGAAUAGGGAUAUGCCCUCACUGCCAUCCCUUCCACUAUCAGAAGAGGACAACGACGAGUUCGACAGCCACUCUGUUGAAAGCCACAGCGACAAUGCCUUCCCCAUACAUUCAACCCCCGCUGCCUCCUCCCAUCACGCUUCGACAAUGCGAGCGGCUUCCAGCACAACCUCGUCGGCUUCUCGCUUCGCCAACUCUAUCGCUCGCACUUCCCGCUCGUCAAACACUAGGUCGUCGACAAGACGUAGUUCAGGCCACAACAGCAUAGAUAGCUUCGAUGUCAGCCGCAUUCCCUCGCUACCUCAAAUUCAGCCCGAAUAUACGACUGGACACUACACGGAGGACGAAGAAGCUGAACAGAGUGAAGAGAGUGUGCCAGAAGUAUAUCUCCCUCCAGAAGACGAUGACGCAGACGCUCUUUCCUUGACAGACGCCCUCGAGCUCGUCAGCUCUCCACAGCGAAGAGAUGCCACUCCAAAGAAAAACUAUGACUACUCUCCAUCUCCUUAUGACAAAUUUCGUAAUGUUGCCCUGCGUCGACCGCCUUCAAGAGCUCGGACACCCUCCCUCUCCCGAACCGCCCCUUCACCGACUUCGUCCCCAGCGAAUUCUACCCCACGGAGUAACGCCUCUCUCGCCUAUCAGCAACAGUCCCCAUUAUCAGCGACGCGUCUGCCACUUCCUCGAUCUCGAACAGCGUCACCAGCCAUCGUUAUAUCACGUCCGCCCGACGACGAGUCAGAAAGCGAGGUUCAUGAAAUCUCCUAUGAAGGUUCAAUGGAUAUAACAGACAUUCACGUCUCUCCAGCACCACUCGAAAACGGCAACACUUUACCCGCUUCAGAGGAAGAUUCACGCGAACCUACCUUCUCGUCGGAGGGUGGUCCCACAUAUCAAGCUGACCAGACGAUAUCCAGGCGUCUCAGUCCAUCAAAGUCUCCCGCAGCGCUUUCUUCACCGGCUACUUCCAUCGCAGCGACACCCACACCAGCAGCUCCGCGUCCUAGAGCUCGUUUUAAUCUUCCACACAACGAUCCUACGCCAUCAAAUCACAACGAGGACGAAACUGACGAGGCAGAGCCCACCAACGACCAAGUAUUGACUCCCCAUACUCGCCGGCGUUCAUUCCUACUCUCUGUUAUCAACUCCACUGCUCGACCUCGCCUCAAAUUCCCUACUCCGCAUCCUCGCUACAAUUUUGAGAUGGAAGAUGCGACACCAGGACCCAAGAUAGCUGGGUUACAAACAACACUGGCAGGCGCAACGCCGCGUUUACCUCGUCGCGGGUCCCACCCAUUGGCAAAUACCCACCUGGCACAAUCACCUGCAACGCCGGAGGCAGAAGGAGGAGGCAGGAUCAGUCCAAGUGGGUGGGCAACUCCGGGGCCUGGCCAUGAUGGUGCUUCUGUUAUUUCGACGGCUUCAUCCCACGAUCUAACGACGCAUCAUUAUCGAGCAAAUACUUCCUUUGAUCCUGCUAUGGGAUUUAAUGGUGCCCAGGCUUUGCAUGGUGUAGGACGAUUCAAUGCGGGGAAGCUGAAUACGUACCUCCAUGGACUCAAUCGGCGGCUGCAGGAAGAGAAUGAAACACUUGCCGAGCGGAUUAGAGAGCUUGAGGGUAGCCAGAGCGAUGGCGGCAGUCGCCGGAGCAGUCUGGGUGGCGCUUCUCGACGAACGAGUCUGGCUACUAUGCCUCUCGGCAAUGUUGCAGAAGAUGUCGCUGGGGAAGGAUGGCUGGAAGAAAAGGCAGAAAUGGAGGAGUUGAUCCAAGUUCUCAAAGAAGAGGUUGAACAGCAUGCCACUCGACUUUCGGAAGCACAAGCUUCAUUGGAAGAAGAAAAGGCAGGUCGCUCUGAGGACAAGGAAUCAUGGAAGCACAAAAUGCGGGAGGUCGAGAGAGGGGUAAACGAGCAUGUGGGGAUUUUGGAGCAGCGGGCCACGUCGGCCGAAAAGCGAGCCGAGUCGGCCGAGAAAACUUCACGACAAGCUGUUAUGGGAAUUCAGGCUGAAUUAGAGCAGAUUCAGUCCGAACGUGAUGCUGCGGUUGAGCGUGCUGCGAAAGCUGAGCAUGCUCUCGAAGGGGAUCGUGAACUUGGAGGAGAGCUUCGAGAGGCGCAUGAUCGGCUAGAGAAAGCUCUUGCGGAGUUGCGCAAUGCCAACUCUCAGAUCAAGGCCCUUGAGGACGAAGUUAUCCAAGCGGAUGCCCGACUCGAUGACCUCGAAAAGGAGCUCAAGAGCGAGAGAGCAAUGACGCGCGAGCUUGAUGAUGAGUUGAAUGUCAAGACAGAGGAGAUGGACGCUCUCUCACAUGAGCAUUCCAAAAUGCAACAGGACUUGACUGCUACCAAGGCUUUUGUGGAAGAACUUGAACAAGCAGUCAAAGAGGCGGUUGAACAGACCGAAUCGCUUCAAGACCAACUCGCUGCUGCCCAUGAAGAGAUUGAUCAACUCCAAGCCGCUGACGAUGAAGCAACAGAACAUGUGGAUCUGGCCAACAGUGCUCGUGAACGUGCAGACGAACUUGCUCGGCAAUUGGAAGACGCCUUGGAGGCCGCUGAAAAGACAAUGCAUCAUAACGACGAGGAGAUAGCACAACUUCGAACUAAGAUCACAUCGCUGGAGCGGGAAUGCGAACGCCUUCGGGAGAGAUCAAUUUCUUCUCAUAACAUCCUCGCUCCUGGACCGACCGAAGCGGAGAUGAAUGAGUUAGAAGAUGAGCUGGACGCUGCAAAUCGCGAAAUUGCUCGUCUUACAAGGUUGCUUGAACAGUCUCCUGCUCGCAAAGCGAUCGAAACUGCUAGGGAGACCAAAAUAGAAAUGCUAGAGAAAGAGAGGGACGAACUUUUGGAGAGAAACAAGGCACUUCGGAUGACGGUUUCGGCGACGACGACACCGAACAAGUUGUACAACCUCAGCAAUAUAUCUCCCAUUCAUCGCCAUGUUCUCUCAAUGUCGAUGAGAGCCCCCAAGACCCCUGGGGGACCUCUCCGAGAUAUGUCUUGGCUCAACGCAACUGCUGCAGAUGGUUCUGUGUCUCCCCUCCUUGCCGAAAUCCAGAGGUUGCAACUGGAACUCGAUCGGGCGAAUCAAAGCAUCGAUGACAAACUUGACAAGUUGGAAGAUAACGGGCUUGGGGUGGUUGGGCUGACCAAGCGACUGGCUGACGCCAAAACCAAGAUCGCAUUCCUUGAAGAUGAGGUUGCACGUCUUUCACGGCGAGAGGAUCGUCGGCUCAAGCGAUUGGAACGCGCAAGGUGUCACAAAUGCCUUGUCAAACUCAAGCUCGACAAUGUCAUACAAGAUGAGAGCUCAAUGGACGCUUUCAGCGCGACUCUCCCAACAGAACCGCCGACCCCGCCGACAAGGACCACCGACGUUCUUCGUUCUGACCUCCGCUCCGUCAAUGCGAAUCUCAACAACAUGAAACGGCAAUGGGAGGAAGAAAAGGAGCGGCUUCUGGGCGAGAAGGCUGUUUUGCAAGAUGCUGCCAAUCGCCUCAACGUGAAAGUCCGUAGUGCCGAAGAGGAAGCGCGUCAAGUAACGGCGAGCAAGAAAACAAGUGACAAGCUAAAGGCUGGGAUUGAGGGCGAACUCGAGCAAGCUCGAAGGACCAUUGCUGAACUUGAAGCUGAUCUUAAAGCAGAACGGUCACGACUGAGAGCGUCGGCGGCUGAGCAGACUCGCGCGCAGCGUGAGAGGGAGAAUGUUUUAGUCCAACUGCAAAGGACAGAAACGGAUAUGAGAGAUGUCAAGCAGCAACUACUGAGACUCAAGGAUGAGAACCGUGAACUGGAAGGAGAACUUCGCGUCAACGACAAUGCUGAGCAAAAAGCACGCUUGCUCGAAGUUCGAGUCUCCGAAAAUGCAGAACUUGUUGAGCAGCUGAGACAAGAACGGGCUUUCCUAGUUUCUGACCACAAGGAACUCCAACGAAAGUUAACCGAAAUCACCGAACAAACAAAUCGUCUGCGGGCUGAAUACCGCACGUCUCAAGCCUCCCACAAUGACCGCCAACAUGAGCUGGAUAUCCAACAAGCGGAAAUAAACGAUUUGCGGCAGGCUCUUGAUGGCCAAGCUGAUCAACUCCAGCGAACCGCAGUCGAAAAGGAUCGCCUUGUCGCAGAGAAGGGAGACGUGACCAAGACUAUUGCUGCUCUUCAGGCAGAGAUGGCCCGCGUCAGACGAGAAGCUGAAGCUCUUGGGCGUGACCUGAAACAUCUUCGAUCUGAGAAAGAACGACUAGAGUCGAAACAUAACGAUGAGAACCAAAAGGCGGAGCGGGCUCGCAAGCAAAGUCAGGCGCAACUUCGGGUGCUCACCGAGCAGCUUGAGGGUCAACGGGAGAAGGCCACACGUGCGAAGGAGGAGCUGAAGAACCAUGUCUGUGUGAUGGACGAACGUCAGGUGUCGGCGAUAAAGUCACAACACAAUCGCGAGUGCAAAGGGCUCAUGGUCCAUAUAAAAUACCUCAAAGCUCAAGUGACACGGGAGACCUCGUUGCGAAACAGUCUCCGGUACCAGAAAGAAUAUUUGCUCGUCUUAAUGUCCAAGUUUGAGAGAAGUGAAAACACUAUCUUGGCCUCGAUUGCCCAAAUCGGAUUCCCGUUGUCGAAUGCGCCACCACCGCAGAAGAAGCAAAAGCGGUUGAAGACAGUGGCCUUGACCGUCAUCUUUUUGGCAAGGGUCAAACGUGCUAGUGAAUGGUGGAAAGGGCAGAGGGAAUCAAAGCAAGCGGUUCGCACAGCGCUGGAGGAGGUACGGCGGAAUCGCGCGAUUGUUGCAUCCUGA